AUGUCUGUAAGCAAAGCUGUUGUUCCUUCGGAGCUCAUUCAGUUUCUACAAUUUUGCUCCCCUCCCCUACGACCUAACUUUCCUUUUUGUAUUCUAAAGAAGUUCAUUUCUCCCUUUCCCUGGCCUCUCCUUUUUAUGCUGUUGGGAGUACAUCGAAAACAUGUACGUCAAACAUGGUGCUGCAUACCAAAGAGACCUGGACCAAACAUAGAUGAUUUGUCCGUCGGUUUCCACACAUUUGCCAUACCGUCGAAACCCAGAGAACUGUGCGCCGUUGGAGCGGGUGUGCAUGCCCCGUAA